AUGACCGGCACGCAACAGCUUCCCGGCGGCGAUGCCGCGCCCCAACCCACUACAACUCUUCCUCGCCGAAGCCGCAGAUCGAGCCCGUCGCUGCCGAACGGCGAGGGCGCCGCCGUCAAGCCUGCCGCUGCAACAACCGCGACUGCGCAGGAGGACCAGACUAUGGAUGAGGCAAGCGAUGCCGAAUCGAGCGUUGUCAGCACCUCCUCUGAGGAGCCUAGCUCUGAGUCCGACGAAGAUUCAGAAGACGACGAGGAAGAUACACCCAUGGAUACGGACGAGAUCACCUCGUUGCCUUUGCCGCCCGACGCUGAAACCCGGCGCAAGAUCUACCAGCGCCAGGCUCCCCCGGCCUCAUCGCUGAGUGAGCGCCUGAAGGCCUUCCUCCCGCAACUGGCUGCUGCAAAUGUCGAACUUGAGAAGGAUCGCGCCGCGGGAAAGCUGGCCCAGAUGUCCCUGGAGAAUGUUGGUGAAGACGAUGAGCACUACAUCGAAAUGAACCUAGGCCUCGGCGUGCUGAAGGAGAAGGACCCGAACAAGAUGGACAGCGACAGUGAGAGAGAGGAAGAUUCCGACGACGAAAUGGAUACUGGUGCAGACGACCAGAAGACCCGCGAGGAGAACAUUCUCGGCAAGCUCAUGGGGAAGAAGAAAACCAAGGCUGGGCCUGGUAUACAGGAAGUGCCAGACCAGUGA